AGAGCUUGCUUUUAAUUAGCAUAGAUGCUCUACUUCUGUAAAGGUUAAAAUGGGUUUAGUAUUUUUGAGGCUCAUUUAAUUUCUCUUUUAGAUAUUGACAUAAAGUAGUGACUUUUAUUUGUGUCGGUUUUGGAAAAAAGCUAGCUACCAGGUGAUACUAGCUAACUGGCUUGGAUAGCGCGGCUAUCACUCAUUCAUUUAAAAUGAGGACAGUUUUGAUGGUAGCAGAGAAACCUUCAUUGGCCCAGUCAAUUGCAAAAAUCCUCUCCAAAGGAAACUGUUCAGUUCGCAAGGGGCUUAAUGGAGCAUGCUCGGUGCAUGAGUACACAGGCAGCUUCCAGAGCCAAACUGUGUACUUUAAGAUGACUUCUGUAUGUGGGCAUGUGAUGAGCCUUGACUUCAUCGGGAAAUACAACAACUGGGACAAAGUGGAUCCUGCUGAGCUGUUCAGUAAAGCCCCCACAGAAAAGAAGGAAGCCAACCCCAAACUUAACAUGGUCAAGUUCCUCCAGGUUGAAGCCAAAGGGUGUGACUGUGUGGUUUUGUGGUUGGACUGUGACAAGGAGGGCGAGAACAUCUGUUUUGAGGUAUUAGAUGCCAUUCAGCUGGUAAUGAGCAAGCCGCAAGGGAGGGAGCGCACCAUCUUCAGGGCGAAAUUCAGCUCUAUAACUGACACAGAUAUCUGGAACGCCAUGAAAUGCCUGGGAGAGCCCAACCGCAACGAGGCCCUCUCAGUUGAUGCCCGCCAAGAGCUGGACCUGCGCAUCGGCUGUGCCUUUACCCGGUUCCAGACUAAGUACUUUCAAGGUAAGUAUGGAAACCUGGAUUCCUCACUGAUUUCGUUUGGACCCUGCCAAACCCCAACCUUAGGGUUUUGUGUUGAACGCCAUGACAAGAUCCAGUCCUUCAAGCCAGAAACAUAUUGGAUCCUCCAGGCAAAGGUGUCAAAUGGGAAGGACAGCUCUCUGACACUGGACUGGAACAGGGUACGAGUCUUUGAUAAGGAAGUGGGCCAGAUGUUUAUCAACCUCGCCAAGACCUCAAGAGUGGCCCGGGUCGAGUCGGUGAGUAAGAAAGAGAAGGUGAAGCAGAGACCGCAGGCCUUGAACACAGUGGAGAUGUUGCGCGUGGCCAGUUCUGCCUUAGGCAUGGGGCCCCAGCACACCAUGCAGAUUGCAGAGCGCCUGUACACACAGGGCUACAUCAGUUACCCACGUACAGAGACAACCCACUAUCCAGAGAACUUUGACCUGAAAGGAACCCUCAGGCAGCAAAUCAACAGCCCCCUCUGGGCACAGGAAGUCAAGGCACUGCUAUCAGCUGGAUUGAACCGGCCUAGGAAAGGAACUGAUGCUGGAGACCAUCCUCCCAUCACACCCAUGCGAGCUGCCUCUGAAGGGGAACUGGGAAGUGAUGGCUGGCAGCUGUAUGAGUACAUCACACGUCACUUCAUUGCCACAGUCAGCCAGGACUGUAAGUACCUGCAGACAACCAUAGAAUUCAGCAUUGGCACCGAGGCCUUCUCAUGCAGUGGCAAAACCCUUUUAUCACCUGGUUACACCGAGGUGAUGCCCUGGCAGGGGAUCCCUCUGGAGGAGGCCAUGCCAGUUUGUGAACAUGGAGAUACUUUUACCGUAGAUGAGAUAAAGCUGGUUGAGAAGCAGACAAGCCCGCCUGACUACCUGACGGAGGCUGAGCUCAUUACCCUGAUGGAGAAACAUGGCAUCGGUACUGAUGCUAGCAUCCCAGUCCACAUCAACAACAUCUGUCAGAGGAACUACGUGACAGUGGAGAGUGGCCGUAAGCUGAAGCCCACCAACCUGGGCAUUGUCCUGGUACAUGGCUACUAUAAGACAGAUGCAGAGCUGGUGCUCCCCACCAUACGCAGCGCUGUGGAGAAGCAGCUGACGCUCAUCGCCCUGGGCAAGGCCAACUAUCACCAGGUCCUGCAGCACACGCUGGACAUCUUCAAGAGGAAGUUUCACUAUUUUGUGGACUCCAUCAGCAGCAUGGAUGAACUGAUGGAGGUGUCCUUUUCUCCCAUUGCUGCCACUGGUAAACCCUUAUCACGCUGCGGCAAGUGUCAUCGCUUUAUGAAGUACAUCCAGGCCAAACCCAGCAGGCUUCACUGCUCCCACUGUGACGAAACAUACAGCCUCCCACAGAACGGCGCCAUCAAGCUGUACAAGGAACUGCGGUGCCCACUGGAUGACUUCGAACUGGUGCUAUGGACCUCAGGCUCCCGGGGCAAGAGCUACCCUCUCUGCCCCUACUGCUUUAGCAACCCACCCUUUCGGGACAUGAAAAAAGGCAUGGGAUGUAACGAGUGCACCCAUCCGUCCUGCCAGCACUCUCUUAAUUCCCUCGGCAUUGGACAGUGUGUGGAAUGUGAGAGCGGGGUUUUGGUGUUGGACCCCACUUCUGGCCCCAAAUGGAGGAUGGCUUGUAAUAAAUGCAACGUGGUGGUGCAUUUCUUUGAACACGCACACAGGUUACAGGUCUCUCAGGACAGCUGCGAUGCCUGUGAUGCUGCUCUUGUACUUGUGGACUUCAACAAGACGCGCACCCCACUUCCCUCUGGCGAGACACAGCACACUGGGUGUGUCUUUUGUGAUCCUGUUUUCCAGGAUCUAGUGGAGCUUAAACACGCUACCAUGAGGCACCCCAUGCACAGAGGAGGUGGGGCCAGAAGAGGAGGGCGGGGUAGGGGCAGGGGACGCCGAGGAAACCCCAAAAAACCAAAGGACAAAAUGGCUGCGUUGGCAGCUUACUUUGUGUAGCAAGCUGAAAUCAGAUGAAAUGAAAUCACUUUUCACUUGCCUUUUUGUGCAGCGUGGGGGUCUGUCCUCAGAUGUCGCAUUAUAAUAUUGAUGUUGUAUUUUAGCAAAUGCGUUUUUGUUUUUACACAAAUACAUGUCUGCCUGUAUUUGAAGUAAAAGAUUUCUCUAAAAAUAUAAAUGGUGCUGUUUAUUGAAAGUAAACAAAUUUUGCAGGUCGAGA